CGUGGUUGAAUGGUAGAAAGUGGCCGUGUUUCCGUCAGUCUGCACCGUGUCUUGUAACGUGUUCUUUGGAUAUUAUUUUAAUUGUUUUCGGUCCGAAGAAAGUGCUCGUGAACAUGUGGAGGCUGCUUCCGAUAAUCACCGUUCUCAUUGCGACAAUCUCUUUGGGAUUUUCUGCGGAAGAAAGUAAAACUGGUAGUCCCGAUAUUGACAUAAAAAAUCUACAUGAUACAUCAAAUGGUCGUGAUAAGGCCUUUUCCGACGACACUGAUAAUAAAGCAGAGAGUCAAAAUUCCUUUUAUCCGUCAUUUUCUCCAUUCCAAAAUCAACCACUAGGACAUUCCAGGCCAUUCUAUUAUAAUCAACAGGAAGCAGCUUAUAGUCAGAGGACACCAUACCAAAAUACUUUCGAUAAUUCGGCAAGGUUCAGUGGUUAUAAGGAUGACUACAACUAUAAUGCACCAAAGAACGAAUACGCCUCUGUUUUGGGAUCCGGAAAUUUUGGAGUAAUUCCCGGAGGAACCUUUUACAAUGACAACGACGAAAAUUCCAACUAUAACAACUAUGAUUCCUUCUUCCAAAAUGGCCACGGUAGACCGGCUUAUUAUUACGCAGCUCAGUCAAAUCCUAAACCAUAUCAGCAAGAGCAAUUUGCUAACUUUAGAGAUUUCGCAGAUAUUAACACACCAAAUGAUAGAUCCUACUCACAGUAUGUUGUUGUCUACGCUCCAAAAAAGAAUGAUACCAAUAAAGAAGAUAAUACUAAAGAAGAAAAGGUAGUUACAAGACCCGUACCUAGAAAUAUUAUCGAGAGUUUGACACUUAUCGAUUUAGAGCAUCCCACUACUGAAACGGUUCUCGAAAGAAAACUGUCAAAAUCAAAAAGGAAACUGGCUUUGCUUCAACCAGAGAAGAAGCAUAUGCAAAAGAGUCUGAAAAAACUGAAAACUAAAGAACUAGAGGAACCUCUAAUAGCCUUAAGUUAGUUAGUUUAAGCUUAGUUUUAGGAUAAAGAUAAUGUUGGUUCUGAUGUCAGAACGUUGUACAUAUAUUACGAAGAAUCAAAGUCGGCAUAGAAUGAAUGUGAUUUUGGUAUAAUUUAGAGUAAGAUAUUCAGGAUCUACCUCUCUUAUCAGUAGUGGCUAAAAAUGCAACUAAGGCUGAUAUUAAUAGGAUGAGAUAGAUUGGAUUGAUUCAUACCGUUAAAUACGUUGAUUUAUUUUAAUGAUAUAUUAGUCUUUAUUCGAAACAUAAAUUUACUCCUAUUUAAUUUUAAGAGGCACUAAAACUUACUUCAGUCUAAAGCCAUUUGUGGUAUCAUGUUGUAUUUUUUUAACCGGAUUUUUUUAUUUAGAUUUACGAGUCUAAACAGCGUAGUUCACUCACACAAAUAAAAUUAGAUUACAUUAAAUUGUAAGAAUAUACUGUUACAGUACGAGAAUAGACAGAUAUACUGCAAGAAUAUGCAGUUACAUUACAAUUGACAAAGAUAAAGUACAUCCUCAAUGUAUCAUUAUAGUUGUUGGGUUGGGUGUCUUCUUCGGUAAUUUGUGUUCGAGUCCUGUGUUAGGUGUCUUAAAGACGUUGUACUUGUUUUGUGCAGCGGUACUGGUUUCAGGAUAUGUCACCGAUGGUGUUAGGUGGCGGUGGAUGAUGUCAUGUGGAGGAAGUCGUGUUCAAAGUUCAGAGGAGAAGAUAGGAGAAAACGGUUCAUUUCAGAAUUUUCUUUUGUUAAUGAAUUAUAGGUGAGUGAAUGAAUGAGAUGGUGUGAUACGUAUAAAUCUAUGAAAUAAAACUUAUUUUACGUUGGGGGUAUGUGUAGCUGUAUUUAUCCUAUGGAUCAAAAAUCAGUAUUAUAUAAAACAGUAAUUAGACACAAGCUUAUGUCUGUGUGUGAGACGUAAACGAUCAUAAAAGCAAUGAAAACAAAACUCAGAUGUUUUGAGCGAAAAUUCUUCAAAAGGAACCUUGAACUUUGUCACUACCCGAAUACUAACUAAUACCGAAUGAGAACAAAUGCCGGGGCCUAACAGAUGUAUAGAGCUAGUGAUGAAGGCUAUACAUCUAAUUUAAGUUUUAUAUCAGAAACAAGACACCCUAGAACACCUAGAAAACAAGUAAAAAUCCUAGAAACCUUUCUAGAAACUGUAACACCGACAUUCUCAAUAUUUGAGGAAUUUUGUACGCCUUAAUCCCUUGAUCCUGUUUCUAGUCCUCGGCACCAAUUUCUUUGGGAUAUUCUGCGCUUAUUGCUUCCAGUUUCCGUUCUAUAAUUUCUUUGAUUAUAUUAGUAUUGUAUCGGAACAAGGUGGGAAAUGGAUGUAGACGACGAUCUAAAAAGACUCAAAGUCACAAGUUGUAGGAUGAAACCAAUGAACAAGAACCGAUGGAGCAGAAUAGUCAAUCAAGCCGUAGGCCUACUAGGCUCGACGCGAUUCUCUUUUAUUUCAUCCACCAUUGUAUGUAGUGUUGCCCAAAACCAAGACCAAGACCGCUUUAUUUUAGCAAGACCAAGACCAAUACUGACCGUGCAAGACAUGAGCAAGUACAAGACUAAGCCUGCGAGACUCUUGCGUCUUGCAGUUAGGAUUGAGUGUCAUUUUAGGGAAUAUAGUAGUUCGGGUAUAUGCUUAGAGACUAUGAGAAAAAAGCGGAUUGUGAACAAUGCAAUAAACAUACAUAGCGAAUUAAACUAUUCAUUAAAAGAACACUUGACAUAUUUAUUUGACACGUACUCAGAGGCCAUAAUAACUUAUUACAAUGUAAAAAUAAAAUAUUUUGUAAUACAUUCUUUCCUAGCAGACGACGGCGACGGAUGCCUUCACUCUGAAAUUAAUUAUAAUAUGUUAAUUGUCUAGAUUUUGAGAAUAGCUGUCCUUUCAUAAAACAAUCUGUGAUGUGGUUGUGACGCCGACAGUAAUAUCCUAUUGAAACUUUUUAAAGAUAAUAUGUCGCCUAAGUUGAUAAAAAAUAUAAUACAACACACUCAAUUGUUUUUCCUUAUCAGGUAGUAGGAUUCUAAAUAUCACAUCGUAUAAAGAUUAAACAUCGUACUUUUAAACUUUCUGCAGAGUGUGCAAUUUUAUAUCAACGGGUCAAACAAAUUUCUUUUCCAGACAGAGAAUGUUCUUUAAUACAGUCAAGUUUAUGUCAUUUAUUUGGUUUUUUUGUGUUUGACCAUGUUUUAUCACAUAUGUAAUAUAAGGUUAUUAAAUGAAAAUGUUUAAAGAAACAGACUGACUCCCAUGGGAUAUGGUAGAUAGCUCAGUUAGUGAGAGUACAGGCAGGGAUGGUUUAGAUCGUCGGUUCAAAACCCACCCGAUGUGAGUUGUUACAUUUAUUAAUUUGGUUGGUUUUUACUAUGUCUACAGGGUGCGGCAGAUAAAUGUCCUGUUAGAAAUAUCUCGAACACUAAAGGUAACAAAAUCAUAAAAAUGGAAACGAAGGGAUCACGAAGUGAUCUAUUUAAUGAAAGUAUUUUCAUCUCUUUCCUACUUCCGAUUAAACCGGAUGUUGCUUAUAACUUCGUUUUUUGAAUGGGUCACCCUGUAUAUUUUUACAUUUUUAAAUUCUCCUCGAUGUUUUUGUUGUUAAAAUAUAAGGUUUUGUAAUGUUAUAUAGGGUAGUUUAAAAGAGAAUUACAUUUUUUUUCUUAAUUUCAUAGCAAUAUUCACACCCUGUAGAAUUGUAGUAGUUUGACAUCAAAAACUCUAUUUACGUUCAUAUGAUUUUUAAUAUAGUCUACUAUUGUUAAAAAUUGUUAGUAUAGCUAAACUUUUAAUUCUAGAAUAAAGGGUUGGUUGAAAUUCGGAAUGAGUAUUCGGAAUGAGUUUUCUUAAAUGGAACACCCUGUAUUUUAGUAUUGUAAUGAAAUGAUAUAUUAUGGUACUUUUUAUUUCUUAAGCAUUCCCUUUACCUAACUACUUUAGUUUGUGGGUUAUUGGUGAUUCAAGCCAAAUAUUAAAUGAAACAAAACAUAAGUGAAAUUUUAUUAGGUUGGUCGUGAACAUUCAAUCGCAAAUAAUUUUUCGAAAAUAGAUACAUAUUAAUCUAGACUGAUCCUAAAAAUUGCCAAUAAUGGUUAAGCUAUCAAAAUUCCUACGUAGUUAACAUUUUUGGCGCGAUUAACAAUUAAUCACAAAUUAUAGCAGUCCUUUCUUCUUCUUCUUCAUCUAGCCAUUCACAUCCACAUCUGAACAUAAGCCUCUUCAAGUCUUUCUUUCCAUUGUUUUUUGUUGUACGCUACUUGUAGCCACUUUUUCCCGGCAGUUCGUUUCAGAUCAUCUGUCCAUCUCCUAGGAGAUCUGCCUCUGGGUCUUUUGUGUUGGUAUGGUCACAUAAUUCUGUGGUAUUGUUUCCAGGUUAGAAUUGUUCUGUGCCAUUUGUUUAGAUCGCUCCUAGCUACAUGUCCAGCGUAUUCCCAUUUCAAUUUUAAUGAUUUUUGUACCACAUCGGUGACUUUGGUUUUCUGUCUUAUCCGUGUGUUUGUUUAUCUGUCCUUAAGUGAUAUGCCAAGCAUUGCUCUUUCCAUCGCGUGUUGAGUGACUCUGAGUAUGUUCAUAUUCUUUUUUGUGAUUGUCCAUGUUUGUACCCCAUAUGUUAAUAUCGGAAUAAUGCUUGCAUCAAAUUGUGCCCCAUAUGUUAAUAUCUGAAUUGAUGCGUGAAUUAAAGCAGUUAGGUAUAGGGAAUGCUUAGGAAAUAAAAAAGUACCAUAAAAUAUCAUUUCAAUACAAUACUAAAAUACAGGGUGUUCCAUUAAAGAAAACUCAGAAAAUACUUAUUCCGAGUUUUGACCAACCCUGUAUAUGAAAUGCAACAUUUAGAUAUACAUACUAAUAAUUUUUAACAAUAGUAGACUAUAUUAAAAAUAAUUUGAACAUAAAUAAAUAAAGUUUUUGAUGUCAAAUAGAUACAAUUCUACAGGGUGUGAAAGUUGCUACGAAAUUAAUAAGAAAACAUAAUUAUCCUUUAAACUACCCUAUAUAACAUUACAAAACAUACUUUUAGAAAGAAGAUAUGAAAGAGAAUUCAGAAAUGUAAAAAUAUACAGGGUGUCCCAUUUUAAAAAACGAAGUUAUAAGCAACUUCCGGUAUAACUUGAAGUAGGAAAUAUAUAAAAAUAUUUUAAUUAAAUAGACCACUCUUAAAAAUCCCUUCAUUCCAAUCUUCAUCAUUCUGUUGUCUUUAGUUCUCGAGAUAUUUCUAAUAGGAAGGUUUUCUGCCUCACCUUGUAUGUUAAGUCAAGCUGAAAAUGUACCUAUACUGUUACGUUGUUCGAAGAUCUAAAGUAACGUUUAAUAAAUAGCAAUUUGCUAGUGGGUAACUGCGAGACUUGCAAGACUCUUGCUGAAGACCAACAGCGGGAGUGCAAUACCAAGACCAAGAACAAAACCAGGUGUAUUGGUGCAAGACCCAGACCAAGACUCUCUAAGUCUCGUCUUGGUCUUGCAUUUGGGCAACACUAAUUGUAUGUCUUACUAACUUCUUCAUUGUUCAAUAAAAAAAUCUAACUCAGAGUGGGAGAUUUUACCUAGGACAAUGUUUAUUAAUGAUCUUAGAAUACGUAUAAUCAUGUUAGAAAUACGGUACCUUGUUAGAAAUUUACAUUACAUGAAAAUUUGUUUUUUACGUAAACUACAAAAGAAAACUUUUAUUUUUUAUGGCAUUACAAUUCAAAAUAAAACUAUAAAUAAAAAGUGUAUUUUACGAUCUUUUAAAUAAAUUUUAAAAAAAGGUAAUUUUUAUUGUUUCCCAUAACUUUUUACUGCUUUAGUCUAAAGUCGUAAAUUGUAAUGAUUAUUAACUUUUUGUUUUUUAAUACACGGAUAUCUUUUUGUUCUUAUUGCGCAUCAUUUUUGGAUGACUGGCGAUCAAAAUGGCAAUUUUUUUUUUCUAAAUUGACCCCGAAUGAUUCCUGUGGAUAGACGGUGAAAUCAUCAUCUCCUCAUAUUCUUUAGCCAUGGCCAUAAAUAUUGGUGUCUUAUAAUUAUAUAUUCAUCUCUUUAAUAAUGCUUAGCAGUUUUUAUUGUUUACUUAGGCGCCCAACUAUCACAUCGUUAGUAGCAUUUUGUAUCCAUGAACUUAUCAGCAUCCAACUAAAUAUUAUGUUCAUUUCAAAGGCAUCUAUUCUUUUUUCUGUUUUGGAGUCAAUUAUCUAACUUUCACAGCCAUAGAAUAACACAGAGGAAACAAAAUAUCUGAUUAACACAUUCUGGACUCCAAACUUCGGUCUGAUUUAAAAAAAAAUGUUUUUAUAUUUAUGAGUGUCCUCGCUUGUCCGAUUUUUGAUAGAAUUUCUUUUUUUUUUGGUACAUGUGUUGUUAAUAUUUACUCCCAAAUUUUUUAUUAAAGUUAUUUGUUCUGUUUCUGUUUUAUCUAUUGGCAUACAAAUGUAUAUCUAUUGGUUUGAAAAUAUUAGAAUUAUGGCUUUGGAAACAAAAUAUGGAUUUAAGCCAAACAAUUCGCUAUGACGAAUUACCGAAUUACCGAAUUUAUUAUACUUUGCAGUUGUUUUGCUUUGCUUGCUAUUAGGACGGUACCACCAAUAUACCUGAUGCUGUUUAUGCUAGUUCCGUUAAACUUGAUUUACCUUGCACAUUGCCUAAUGCUGCUCUGAAUAUAGACUCCGAAUACAGAUUAAAUAAUAGCGCUGAUAAGACGCAGCCUUGUCGCACUCUUCGUCCGCAUUUUUCAUCAUCUGGUAUUUCUCUUUUAUCUUGUGACUGUAGUCGUAGUCCUUAAUAUAUACUUGUCACGAUUUUUGUCCCAUACUUGCAUUUUUUGUUCAAUAUUAUUGUUAAUAAGUAAGUUUCAUCAAUUGCGAUUCUCUAUUGGAAAUAGUUGUACUGAAAAAUGUACCCUGUAGCUUACCUUUCACUAUUAUUAACAAAUAAACCAUACCAACCUAAUAUUAACAAGCAAUAAAAAAUUGAAAAUAAAAUAGGAGUAAAAACUGUGUUUUAUUUACAACAUUGUAAAUAAAAAGUAAAUAAAACUAAUCUAGUUAUCUUGAGACCAAAAACUCAGCAAAACAUAAUUUAUAACAUUUAAAAACCAACAUGACCUAAAUACUGUUAGGUGUAAUAAUUGAAUUUGAAUUUACUUCAUAAGUAAUUUUGAAAUUAACUAGUGGGCGCCAGCAUUCAAAAACCUUGAAUAUAAGAUCACAAUGGUGCGAAUCGCAAUAUUGGGUUGGUCGAAUUCUAUAUUGGAAUGGAAUUUUGCAACUACUAGUUUAUUUUGAGGUGGGAUUGAAGUAAAAUUAUAUUCUUUCUAAAAUUCAAUUCGGAACUAAAAUAUUUCUUAUCGUUCAAAAAAUGUGAUUUUAGACUAUAAAAUAAUGUUAAAAUCUUCUGGUGUGCCCUUAACUUAUUAUAUAUUACCUGUUUUUAAGUUCAUAUAAAUAAGUACAAAAGGCAAAUUUGGUACAUCCCAUAAGCUAAUAACAGUAUGGAUAAUAAUAUACUUUUUUGAUAGUUGAAGAAAGUAGCUGAAUAAUUAUCAAACAAUAGAAAGAAUAGAGAUAUCUAGAAAUGAAUUUGUAAAAAUGAAACAAAUCUCUGCAUUAAAGACCUUAGAUAAGAAAUUUUUAAAGAGUGUUAACAAAAAUACUGUAGUAGAUUCUAGUAAAAUAUUGUCGAGUAAUUUAGCAUUGGUUCACUGGAGAACACUGUGAAAAAAAUUCUGUUGGGUUUCAAUUUUGAGUUGUUUUAUAGGUAAUCGGGUCGGAUAUGCUCAUUUCAAAACUCUAAUUGGUUUUUCUCUAUCAAGUCAGGUUCUUUCUCUGUCCCUAAAACCUAGCAUGGUUCAUAGGAACACUAUUGCCCCCCUAUAGGUUGGCACCAACCUACUUAAAUAGAUAGGAUUUGAUCAGCAAAAUUUGAAUAAUUUAUUACGAAAUAUGAGGCUAGCUAAAAAGAUUAAGAAGUCUUAGCAUCAAAACUGAGCGAGGGAAGCUUUCUUUAAAAGGAAGCUAAGGUAACUUAUUUUCGAUCAAGAAAAUGUUAUAUUCUACAAUAAUUUUGAAGUGAUUAUGGAUAUGUACGUUAAUGGAUAUGACGUGGUUUACUGGAAAAGUUGAGAAUUUCAGCCUGUAAUGCAACUGAAUGGCAACUAAUUAUGGAUACCUCAAAGUGGAGCUUAAAGUGUGUUCUCCUUCAUAAUGCAAAUUUAUUUGGUUCUAUUCCGAUAAGCCAUUCAGUUCAUUUGAGUAACAAAAUAUGAAGACAUAAAGAGAAUUAUUGAUUUGUUGUAAUGUCACAUGCACAAAUAGAUCGUUUGUGUCGACUUGAUCGGCUUCUUCCGUAGACCACUACAUAUAAAGAUGGGUCGGACAAAACAAUUCGUUUAAAUUUUGCCAAUUGACAGAGACUAUUUCAAGUAUUUAAUUUUGGAUUUCAACUUCCUACUCCUACCCUGUCGUUCUAAAAAGUAAAUGCCCGUGUUUUUGAUCGUCCUGGACAAUGGAAGAAAUAGGAAAGAAUACUUUGUUGGCUUGCAAAAACAUUAUUACAGAUUUUCUUGAAAUCA